AUUUCUCACUUCAGCGCAAUAGCGAAGACCUAAUUACUCACUGAACGUACCAACUUCCUUUCAGAAAGACACUUUCCACCAUGAGUACCUUAAGGUUACAGAAGCGUUUAGCUUCAAAGGUGCUCAAGUGCGGCAAAAAUAAAAUUUGGCUGGAUCCUAAUGAAACUAAUGAAAUAGCCAAUGCCAACUCACGUCAGAAUAUUAGAAAGUUGGUCAAGGAUGGUCUUAUCAUUCGUAAACCUGUAAAGGUUCACUCCCGUGCCAGAGUUCGCAAAAAUGCUGAGGCUCGCAGAAAAGGUCGUCACAUGGGACAUGGUAAAAGAAAAGGUACUGCCAAUGCCCGUAUGCCCUCAAAAAUUUUAUGGAUUAGGAGAAUGAGAGUACUUCGCAGACUAUUGAGAAAGUACAGGGAAGCUAAAAAAAUUGACAAGCAUUUGUAUCAUGAACUGUACAUGAAAUGCAAGGGUAAUGGUUUCAAGAACAAGAGAGUUCUUAUGGAAUUCAUUCACAAGAGAAAGGCAGAGAAAGCCAGAUCUAAAUUACUUAGUGACCAAGCAGAAGCUCGCAGACAGAAGGUCAAAGAAGCUCGCAAGAGACGAGAAGAGCGCCAGGCCCAGAAGAGGGAUGAGUUAUUGAAAAACAUUGAAGACCCUAAGAAAUAAUAAUCUAAUAAAAUGUUCUCAAUCUGUGUUACCAA